AUGCCCGCCGCCCUCCGCCCGAGACGCGCCUCGCGCAAGCCCGCUCCACCGCCAGCUCAACCGCCACGACCACGACCAUCCAAGCGCCAGCCGCCCCCCUUCGACCGCGACCAGUAUGAGAUGGACUGCGAGGACUGGCUCCAGCAAGCCCGCCUGGCCUCCAAGCUCGCCGACGAACGCAUCAGGAAGAGGGACGAGCGUGAGCAGAGGAUGCAGCAGAGAGCGGCGCAGCGGCCGAAGAAGAAGCAGAGGGAUACGGAGCAGGAGGAUAACAAGGUCGAGAUGGCUGCAACCACCGCCAACACCCCGGCACCCGCGACCAGAGUCGUGAGUGAGGCGCAGGCUGAUGAUGAGGAUCCUACCUCACCCCAAGCGCAAGAGCAGCCCGAUGACCCCGAAGCCGAAGCAAGGCGUUGCCAGGUGAGACAACUAUGGGGCCAUGAACAUGGAGAGCGCUCCAGCUCGCGCGAAAGUCAACGAGAGCCUGAUCCGCCCUGUUCUCGCGAGGCUUCAGUAGAGUUCGUCGCUUCACGGCCGCUGUGCUACACAACCAACCAGAUUGCCACUGCAUGCUCGGCAUCGCAGUCCACGGUCCUGACGCCGCGUCUUGUCGAUACAGCCAUGCCAAUCCUAUCCUCAUCACUGUGCGAAAGCCAGGCCAUGUCUUCGCCUGUCACGUCCGGCUUGGCUUUGCAGACACCCAAUCCACACCCGUCCCAAGAUUCACGGCUGUGGAGCUGCUCUAUCCAUCCUCCUCAUCCUCAGCAGCCAUUGCACCCACAAGUGCAGAACCCAGCAUUUGUUGCUCCUUCUCACUCCAACCCUCCACCGCCAACCCUCCCUCUACGCCAAGGAUUCAUCCCGCCUCUGAAUGGCUACAUGCAGACGUUUGAAAUUGGAGACAACGGCAUGUUCUACGCUUGUGCCGGUCCACUUCAGCGUCCGCAGCCAUCAGUCCAGCGUCGAAUUGAUAUAUCUGCUCCGUCCGACGCAGUCCGUCAUCGAAGGCUCCCCGGCUUGCAAGUGAAACGAUCUGCGUGGCCGCGCGCUAUCUCUGAUCCUCCACCCGACCGACUGAUACUGUUCGGUAAAUCCAUGCCUGUUUCCAAGUCCAGCAUGCCCAGCGUUCAGGCACGAGGACUGACUCACCAUUUCACGACAUCAAGUUAA